GCUGCCUCAAGACACGAACCUUUAUUCAGACACUUCCAACAAGGAGGUGUUGCUACAGAAAUACGGCAUGAUCUACUACCAGCUCUUAGCCGCUCUGCGCGCUGUUGUAGACAUUGACCUAAACUAUUAUCAGAAGUCAGCAUUCGAUGCCCUCCGUAUGUACAAACAGUAUGUCUGGGAGGACAACACGGACCAGGCAAAGAAAGAUAUCAUAAGGUCAGAAGGUUUGCCGGGACAGGUAGCCAGCUACGUGUCUGGUCAACUGGAAAUCUCUCGCCUCAGGAGUUUAGCCGAGAGGGAGCUGGGUCAAGAUUUCGAUCUGAAGGAUUUUCAUUACGAGGUAUUACGUCAGGGGGAGAUACCGUUGAGAUACUUGGAUGAACACAUAAAAGCUUAUAUCGCCUGUAAGAAAAACCCGUCUCUCGAGGAAUGUGGAGAAUUUUAAAAUGAAUGAGAAUGAAAG